AGAAAGUAGUACUUUACACAACACAACACGAAGAAAAGGGGCGGUACAAGACUAAAGCAGUCGCAGUUAUUGGCUGAACGCAGAAUUUGCAUCCAAUCGUGUAUCCUAGUUCCGCAUCGCUGCCGGAAAUCUGCUUCUCGUGCCAGGGCGCACUGGCUUUGGCUGUGGUGGUGGUGAAAUCAUCGGGAUGACUUCACAGAAUUUUAUUUGUUCGCCGUCAGAUCUGGGAAGAUUUUGAGUUCAAAUUUUAAAACUCCAUAAAGCUACUGAGUGGACAAGUUUUUCCUGCUGAAAUCUUUUCGCUUAUCUGUCUUCUGUUUGCGAAAAUUAAUUGUUUACCGUGGAGGAUACCGUAUCCGCACGACGAAACGUAUACCACUAUCACAGCGUUUUGAAUCGUGCAGCUGAAGAUCGAGGAUGGGUCUGCUGUCGGAAGGAUCGCCGCUGAGUUGGGAAGAGACGCGCCAGUAUGCCGACCACAUCCGCAAGCACGGCAUUAAGCAGUUCAUCAAUAUCUAUCACAAACUAAAGGAUCGCACCAACGACCAGCUGAAAUGGGGCGACGAGAUCGAGUACAUAAUGGUGCAUUUCGACGAUGCGUCGCAGAGAGCCCAGCUGUUGCUGAAGGCGCACGAAGUCCUGCCUAAGCUGCAGCACAAGGAGCAUGAGGCCAUUGAAAAAGGGGAGAACGUGCAGCUGCAUUCGCUAUGGCGUCCCGAGUACGCUGACUACAUGAUCGAAGGCACUCCCGGCCAGCCCUACGGCUCGUACCUGCACUGCUUCAACCAGGUGGAGAAUAACAUGCGCCGACGCCGUCACGAGGCGCAGAAGAUGCUGGACGCCAACAGUGCCGUUAUCACUUUCACGGCCUUCCCCCGGCUGGGCUGUCCAGACUUCACUUUUCCGUCCGCUAAAACCGAUCCCAUCGAUGGAGUCUCCCGGUCGCUGUUUUUUCCCGAUGAGGCCAUUUUUCCCGGUCAUCCUCGUUUCAGCACUUUGACGCGUAACAUCCGACAACGGCGCGGUAAGAAGGUGGCCAUUAAUGUUCCCGCGUUUAUUGACAAGAAGACUCCGCGGCCACUGGUGGAAGACUACAUUCCGCUGGGCGACGACGGGGAAGCGAAGCGCGCGGCGAAACCCGAUCACAUCUACAUGGACGCCAUGGGCUUUGGCAUGGGCUGUUGCUGCCUGCAAGUCACUUUCCAAGCCUGCAAUAUCGAUGAAGGACGCUUUUUGUACGAUCAGCUCACCGCGCUCUGUCCCAUUUUGCUGUCGGUGAGUGCGGCUGCGCCCAUUUUCCGCGGGCACUUGGCGGAUGUGGACUGCCGCUGGAGCGUCAUCUCCGGAAGUGUCGAUGACCGGACGGACGAAGAGCGGGGAGUGGAGCCAUUGAAGGCAGCCAGAUUCCGCAUUCCGAAGUCCCGCUAUGACUCAGUGGACUGCUAUAUUUCGCCCAUGGGAGAGCGCUAUAAUGACAUUAAGAUGGUGGUGGAUGAGGAUCUCUUGAAAGAAAUGGUCGAUAACGGGAUUGAUCGUCAGUUGGCGCUGCACAUGGCUCAUCUCUUUGUCCGCGAUCCGGUGUCGGUGUUUUCGGAGAAGAUUAACCAGGACGAUGAGAAUGAAACAGAUCAUUUCGAAAAUCUGCAGUCUACUAACUGGCAGACGAUGCGCUUCAAGCCGCCCCCGCCAAACAGUCCCAUUGGCUGGCGAGUGGAAUUCCGGCCGAUGGAGAUCCAGAUGACCGACUUCGAGAAUGCGGCCUUCGUAGUCUUCAUUGUGCUGCUGACGCGCGUAAUCGUCUCAUUCCAACUCAACUUUCUCAUUCCCAUGUCCAAGGUGGAGGAGAACAUGAAGGAAGCCCAGAAGCGGGACGCAGCGCGCCAGGGCCGCUUCCACUUCCGCAAGGAUAUUGUGGCCGGUACCACGGAGUCGCCGUCGUGCAAGAAGUGUGCCAGGCCGUCCAAGGACGAGUACACGCAGAUGUCUAUCAACGAGAUCUUCAACGGCAUUCCCGGCGUGUUCCCCGGUCUGAUCCCACUGAUCAAGGACUAUUUGAAGGACGUGGAUCUGGACGUUGAUACCAGCUGCACGCUGCAGACCUAUCUGCGCUUCAUGCGCAAGAAGGCCUCAGGUGAACUGCAGACGACCGCCCGCUGGCUGAGGGAUUUUGUAGAGCAGCAUGCCGAUUACAAACAGGACGGCGUGGUUAGCGAGAAGAUCAACUACGAUCUGAUGAAGGCCUGUGAGGCGGUAGCACGCGGCGAUGUCUUCGAUCCCAAGCUGCACAUUAAGCGCGUACGGCCACCCGGUCAGGACCAGGACGCCGAGCUCAGCGACGACGACCUGCUGAAUGGCCAGUGAAUGGGACUUCCGCUUUGAGAGCGCCCCCAGUCAGAAUAAACGGCUUUCAAUUUAGUACUUUGUCUGGUUUAUAACUUUGUUUGCAUGUUAGUCAGCGGGCGCGGGGUUUGUAUCGCAGUUUCUAUUGACUGGCUGGCUUUCCAUUGCAUCUGUAGUGCAGCAGCGUUUGCUACCACUAUGGCAGAUUUUGUUUAUACUUUUAUCUGUAACUUACAAGCGUAGACACAAUAUUUAUGUAGUUUUUACAGUGCGAACAGAUUUAAUUUCAAAGUAAGUGCUUAAAUACUUAAGUGACCAUGUCUCUUCUCUAGCUUGGUUGUUUUUAAUGUUUAUAGUAGUUUAGCAUUCACUUGUGUGUCAGUUUUAUUGUAUUGCUCUAGUUAAUUCUGAAACCGUCCUUGGCAAAUUAGUUUAGCAUUGUAAUGGUCCCCAUGAAUACCCUUGCGAUCGUA